CGGAAAUGGCACCGGAAGCGGAACUGGCGCAGGAGGCGGGCGGAAGUCAGGCUUUCCCUCGGCCGCUCUGCGGGCGUGUCCAGCGCGGGGGGAGCAGAGCGGCGGCAGCAGCGGCUGAUAGCAGGAGCUAGGAGGCAGCAGCAGGAGGCGGCAGUAGGCAGACGGCAGGCAGCAGCGGCAGCAAGCACCAACAGCAGCUGCCCCACAGCCGGUGUUGCAGGGAGCUGGUGAUUCUAGGGCUGUCAGGCUAAUGGGCAUGGCCACCGUCUACAUCAGGGAGGAGGACUUUUGUCAUGGGAACAAGGCGAGUGUCAAGGUCCAGAAACCCAUGUUCCACCUGGACAAGCCAGUUCUGCUGGAGAAGAAGCUCCGCUAUGAGACCAGAUCACGGCCCGAGGACUUAGAAGUUGCAGAGCUGAUCUACGCCGAGGUCGCCUUCUACCUCUCCAUCCCCAAGAAAAAGGUCUUGAAGUGCGUCAAGGCUACCACAAAUGUCAUCGCGUGGGCCUUGACCGAAGGCAAGGACUUUGACUUUGUCUUCAAGAACUUUGGCAUCCUGGUGUGCCGGGGAAGGAGAGUGGUCAUGCGGUUCUUCGAAGACCUGCUGCGAGACGUGGACAAGACCGGCAUCCUGGCAAACACUGCCCUGCGAAAGUCAAGCCUGAGGCCCUUGGUCAUAGCCCGCAAUGAGACAGCUGUUUUCCAGAUGCCUCCUGGGGGGAUCUUUGUGUUCCCACAGUGAGUAUGUUUGCUUCUGUCGCCCC